AUGUGGAUACGAUUUAGGGAUGAAUCUGGGGAUAGCGAUUUGUGUUCUAAACGACGAUCAUAUGCUUUACGUUCAAAGGCAACAAGAAAACAACUUCAACAAUCACCAACCGAACAUUCAGAUACGGCACCACCUGCUCCUCCAUCAAAGAAAAGAAAAAUAGACAGCAACAAAACAUCUGCAGAAAACUAUCAAAUACUAACAAAACAAUUGGGCAAAAUUCCGAAGAAAACACAUACAUCAUCAGCAACAGUUACUUCAAAUAAUAAUUGA